CUUUCUUUUCAUUACUCCCACACCUUCGUUUUUCCACAAAAAUACGCAUUCCCCCUUCGACUGUUGGUCUUACCUUACGUAUACAGCGUGGUCAGACCCUCUUUCGUUAAUUACCAACAGGUUCUGUCUCUCGUUAAACACAGACUUUUUAAAUAAAUACUCGCCUUUAAUAAUCCACCUCUCUCCCACUCUAUCCUAACUCCCCUACCUUGUUCAUACCUAAAAGACAAUUAUACGCGAGAUCUAAAAAGCAUCGACAACAAUGUUCUCCAAGAUUUUGUCCGCCACCACUGUGGUCUUGGCAGCCACUCAGAUGGUCUCUGCUCAGACUUCAACUGCUUGCGAUCCCACCAAGAAGACCUGCCCUGACGAUCCUGCUCUGGGUACCUCGGUCUCUAUUGACUUCACCAAGGGCAAAAACGAUCUGUUCACUGACGCUGCUGGAACUACGCUCAAGUACGAUGGAAACGGCGCUGUUUUCACCAUCAACAAGGCGACCGACGCCCCCACUAUCACCAGCAACAAGUAUAUCUUCUUCGGCAAGGUCGAGCUAGUGGUUCAGGCCGCACCUGGUGCUGGUAUUGUUACCAGCUUCGUGCUGCAAUCCGAUGACCUUGACGAGAUCGACUGGGAAUGGAUUGGUAGCGACAAGGCCCAGGUUCAAAGCAACUAUUUCGGAAAGGGAGACACCACCACCUUCGACCGUGGUGCGUACCACGCGGUUGCCAACCCCCAGGACAACUACGACACCUACACCAUCGACUGGACCAAGGACUACGUCCGCUGGAUCAUCAAUGGCAACCAGGUUCGUGAGCUGAAGUAUGCCGAUGCCAAGUCCGGCACUCGAUUCCCCCAGACUCCCAUGCAGAUCAAGCUUGGAACUUGGUGCGCCGGUGGCCCCGACUCUCCUGAGGGUACCGCCCAAUGGGCUGGCGGCCGAACCGACUUCAGCCAGGCUCCCUUCGUCGCCCACUACAAGACUCUUACCAUCACCGACUACAGCAACGGCGUUAAGAAUGCUGAGAAGUACAGCUGGUCCUCUGGUUCCGACGGUUCUUACGGAAGCAUCAACGUCAUCACUGGUGAUGGUAGCUCCUCCAGCGGUAGCUCCUCUUCCGCUACCAGCUCCGCUAAGUCGUCCGCUACCAGUGGAGCUUCAUCUGCCACCAAGUCCUCGGAGACUAAGAGCACUCUGUCGACUGCCACCGUCUCUGCUACUGCUAGCGGCUCGGCCACCUCUGGAAGCGGGUCGUCUGCUUCGUCCACUGCUACUUCCAGCGGCAACAACGCGUCUGCCUCUGCUAGCUCCAGUGGCAGCGCUUCCGCUGCUAACACCAGCGCACCGGUCGCCACGACAAACGGAGCCUUGAAGACUGGUUUCAGCGUCUCCGCGCUGGCUGCCGGCCUCAUGGUCGUUUUCAUGCUGUAAACGUAUUAUGUUGGACUUUGUAACUGGCGUCCUUUUACGGCAUUGGCGAAUCGGCGAUCUGUGGUUUCCACUUCAAUGAACCGGCUAUAUUCAGUUCUUCUUGACGAUCCCUUGCACAUAACCCGAACUCGACCCCCACUUUCCGAG